GGGCGAUCAGAGUUGUGAGUUUAAGCUUCAUCACAUUCAAGCUUAUAGCGAUCUUUCUUGGUGCGAAAAGUGGGUAUUCACACCUUAAAUACAAUGGAUGGAAUGGAUGUUGAGGUUACAACAUGGAUGACCUUGGGUUGAUGUUAUAUUGAUUGAUAUCGUUGGUUUCGAAACACAUCUUGCCGUGGUACUAAGCCAAUCUUCUUUUCUAGUAGACUUGUACCAGCAGUUAUAGCUUCAACCUUGUUUCACGUAUCGAUGAAUUCAUCCAUAAAGGCGGUCCAAACUUUCGGGAAAAAAAAGUCUGCUACUGCUGUAGCACACGCUAAAGAGGGUCGGGGGCUUAUUCAUGUCAACGGUUCACCAGUCAAUCUCAUCCAACCUGAAAUUCUCCGAUUCAAAGUCUACGAGCCAAUGCUCAUAGCAGGAGAAAGUUCUUUUUCACCACUCGAUAUUCGUGUACGUGUCAGUGGGGGGGGACACACCUCGCAAAUAUAUGCUAUCCGUCAGGCAAUAGCUAAAGGGCUCAUUGCGUACUACGCGAAAUACAUUGAUGCAUACAGUGCCAUAGAAUUAAAGAAAAAGAUGGUGGCCUACGACCGUACUUUACUGAUUGCAGACCCGAGGCGCAUGGAGCCUAAGAAGUUUGGCGGAGCUGGGGCGCGUGCUCGAAGACAAAAGAGUUACCGCUGAGCUCCUUAUAUAUGUCAGAUAUAUUCGUGUCUCAGCGCCUUGUACUUAUCCCGUGACAAAUUCAACAAUAUUAUGUGCCCGGUGAG